AUGGACAUCGAGCCCUCAAAAGAAGUCCCUCAUGUCUCCCUCCACCCGCGAUCCACCCAGGACAGCCCUGACCCCGAGACCACCCCCAUCUUCAUCGAGCAAGACUCGUCCAUACCGCCCUCCCUCCGCUGGACCAGCAUCCGCGCCUACUGCCGCGACGCCUUCUCCGAAUUUUUCGGAACCAUGAUCCUCAUUCUCUUCGGUGACGGCGUCGUCGCCCAGGUGACUCUAAGCCGCAACGAAAAGGGUUCCUACCAGUCCAUCUCCUGGGGCUGGGGACUCGGCGUCAUGCUAGGUGUCUACGUCAGCAGCCCAUCAGGCUCGCACAUCAACCCCGCCGUGACCUUCGCUAACUGCGUCCUGCGGCGGUUCCCCUGGCGGCGCUGGCCCGUGUAUGCUCUCUCCCAGCUGCUCGGGGCCAUGUUCUUCUCCGAGUUUAUCGCCAGUGCCAUCCUCAUGUUCCUGAUCUUUGCGCUGAAUGAUGGGGGCAAUCUCGCGGCGGGCCCAUUGACCCCGUUGGCCCUCUUCUUUGUGGUCUUUGGCAUUGGUGCGUGCUUCGGGUGGGAGACGGGCUAUGCGAUUAACUUGGCGAGGGACUUCGGACCCCGGCUGGUCUCAUAUAUGAUCGGGUAUGGGCCUGAGGUGUGGAAGGCGGGGAAUUAUUACUUCUGGGCUUGCAGGUCCCGAUCAUUGCUCCGUUCCUAG